UUGAAAACAUUUAAAAAAUAAAUGUUUUUUUUUUUGUGUGAAUUUUGUUGUUAUUUAUAAAUACAAUAACAAUAAUAAUAGCCGACGAUUGUGACCACAAUCAACAACAAUUGUGACCGCCAAUUGCGGUAAUCGGAGGACAGAUAGUGACAGACAGUAACCGUCACACACACACACACAACAUGAAUGGCCAUCUGGAGAAUAGUUCCACACCAUCGCCGCCGAAAUCACGGUUGCUAUCGAUGACCAACUAUUUUAACCGACAAUUGCCGCCAACGAUUCCGGUCACCACCACUAACAACAACAACAUAAAUAAUAAUAAUAAUAAUAUCAAGACAUCAUUCGUGGCUAAGAGCUGUUACACGGGUUGGACAACUGCCGGUAAUCAUAAUAAUAAUAAUACUGCAAACGCUAGACUACGGGCAACACCGGCGACCACAAAGAUUGAUGUUAGUCAACGAUUUCAGCGGUUAGAAAAGUCGGGACUGUUGGCCAAGUUUCGCGACUUUCAGACCACAAAGAGUGUGCCGCUGGCUAUGGAAGCGGAUGACGAUGACGACAACGAUAACGGCAACGAUUGUGAUGAUGAAGUUGACGAUAAUUGUGAUGAAAAUGUCAGUGAAGUAGUAAUUGGCGAACAAAAUGAAGAACAAUUGGGAGCUGAAGAGUGCCGUCUGAAGGAUAAUAAAGUGAACGGAAAGCGUGAGACCAGAGAUGAUAAUAAGGAGACCAAAGAAUCGUCGGCGACGACAACAACAACAACGACGACCAAUAGUUCCGAUAAAUCGAUCCGAAAGAUUAAAGUUAAUAAAAAUUAUUAUCAGAUAUUGAAUUGUAUUGGACAGGGAGGUAGCAGUAAAGUAUACCAAGUAUAUGACUCCGAGUCGCAGAUGACAUUGGCGCUCAAGAUUGUCGAUCUGACCAAAGCCGACGACCAGACAGUUUGCGGCUAUAAAAAUGAAAUCAAUUUGCUGUCGAAACUUCGUAAAUGUAAACGAGUUGUUCAUAUGUAUGAUUACGAGUAUCAAAACAAUGGCAAACAUUUGCUGGUUGUGAUGGAAAAGGGCGACUCGGAUCUCAGUAAUGUACUUAAAGUGUAUAUCGAAUCGGAAGAUCGUCGUACACUUGAUCCACAUUUGAUCCGAUUUUAUUGGCAACAAAUGCUUAAAGCGGUAGAUGAAAUACACUCGUACGGUGUGGUUCACUCGGACUUAAAGCCGGUUAACUUUAUAUUAGUGGCCGGAAAGUUAAAACUAAUUGAUUUUGGUAUCGCUAAUGCAAUUCAAGCUAAUUAUACCUCUGUUUAUAAAGAGUCUCAAAUAGGAACCAUUAACUAUAUGGCACCGGAAGCAUUACAGAAUCGUUCGGACAUCAGGGGAAAGACAGUUAUCAAAUAUAACUGUAAGGCCGACGUCUGGAGUCUGGGCUGUAUAUUAUAUAAUCUGGUUUACGGUAAAACACCGUUUCAUCAUUUUAAUAAUCUAUUUCAAAAAGCCAACGCUAUAAUGGAUGCCAACCAUAAAAUUAAUUAUCCCGUAAUCGAUGACCAUUUACUACUCGACUGUAUGAAAUUAUGUCUACGACGAGACCCCAACAAGAGGCCGACAACUAAAGAGCUGCUAAAUCAUCGAUAUUUAUUAGAAUUGAAAGCACCGGCACCUGUAGCAGCCAAUGCCCCGCAAUUGGCACUUAUAUCCCAAAUAAAUAAUUUAACACCAAAUAGGAUGAAACAAUUAUCACAAGUACUCGAAAAACUAAGCAAAAAAUAAUCUAAAUAUUUUAGUACUAUA